GCGCCCGCCUACUUAAACCUCGCACCCCCCACCAAAUUCUUUUCCCUUUCAACUCACUCCCACAACUCCACCUUCAGCCAUCAGCCACAUCGCGGUUUACCACGAUUUCCAUCAACUCCAUUUAAAUUCCAUCAACACAUUAUCAUCACACAGUCAGACAAACAGUCGCAAUGGCUCGCACCAAGCAGACUGCUCGCAAGUCCACCGGUGGCAAGGCUCCGCGCAAGCAGCUCGCCUCCAAGGCUGCCCGCAAGUCGGCCCCGUCGACCGGCGGUGUCAAGAAGCCCCACCGCUACAAGCCCGGUACCGUCGCUCUUCGUGAGAUUCGUCGCUACCAGAAGUCGACUGAGCUGCUCAUCCGCAAGCUCCCCUUCCAGCGCCUGGUCCGUGAGAUCGCUCAGGACUUCAAGUCCGACCUCCGCUUCCAGAGCUCUGCCAUCGGCGCGCUCCAGGAGUCGGUCGAGUCCUACCUCGUCUCCCUCUUCGAGGACACCAACCUGUGCGCCAUCCACGCCAAGCGCGUCACCAUCCAGUCCAAGGACAUCCAGCUUGCCCGCCGCCUCCGUGGUGAGCGCAACUAAGCAUGUUUUCGGUCAUUGGUAGCUUGGGGGGUUUGGGCGGUCAUGACUUUUCUUAUUGGGAUGCUCUCUGAAUGAAGGGUUCAUUCACGGUACACGGGACAUCGGCGUUUUUUGCGAUGGGUUUUUUUCUCUCUCCCGGGGUUGUACAUUACGAUAGCGGCUGGGGAAAGCUGCUAAUAUUGACGCUGAUUUCAUGAUCACG